UCUCCCACGAAGUUUUUGAAUUUGAGUGUUAUUUCCCGCAAUUAUAUUAAUGUUUUCAUUUCUGGGAUUCCUCGUUACCGCGGCGCUGCUGCACAACACAGCUAACGCACAAAUGAAUUGUCGGAAUCCAAAUCAAAAUGUGGGCUAUUGCAUAUCGCUCUAUGAUUGUCCGCCUCUGUUGAAUGUGCUGCAGAAGCUUCAGUUGAGCAACGACGAACGCACUUUUCUGCGGCAAUCGCAAUGUGAAAAUGGAUUCGGUCGCUUGCCUUAUGUCUGCUGCACUCGAGAUACAAACUUUCUAACUGCAACAACAACAUCAACAACGACAACAAGCAGUCCAAUUGAGGUAACAACAACAACAACACGAAGACCAAUCCCGAUCAUAAAUCCGAGCCCCGGCCAGGGUGGAAAUCUGCUGCCGCGUGCUCCCGCAUGUGGACCGAAUUCCUUCCACAAUCGGAUCUACAAUGGCAACGAUACGGCUCUAGAUGACUUUGUGUGGAUGGCACUGCUGGAGUACACAAGUCGCAGUGGCAAAACACUUCUGAACUGCGGCGGCAGUUUGAUAAACAAUCGCUAUGUCCUGACAGCUGCCCACUGCGUGACGGGAGAAAUCGAGACAGAGGUGGGACAACUCGUACGCGUGCGACUGGGUGAAUAUGAUCUGAGCACAGAUGUGGACUGCGUGAUGGGUGACUGCAAUCAGCCAGUGCUGGAGCUGGGCGUCGAAGAGGCCAUUCCGCAUCCACAAUAUGAUGCCAGCAGUCGCCAUCGUCAUCAUGAUAUCGCCCUCAUACGUCUCAGCUCACCUGUCCAGCUAAACGAGUACAUCCAGCCCAUCUGUCUGCCUCUGCCUAGCGUUCGAUCAGCAAUCAACAACAACGAAAUGCUCGUUGUCAGCGGAUGGGGUCGCACAUUGCAAAGUCGUCAGAGCAAUAUCAAGCAGCGCCUCGAUGUGCCAGUAAAAAGUGCCGCUUAUUGCAUGGAGAAAUUCGCAACGCGGCAAAUCAACGUGAUCAGCUCGCAGCUGUGCGCUGGCGGCGAGUUCUCACGAGACAGCUGCGACGGCGAUUCAGGGGGGCCACUGAUGCGUUUCAGGCAGGCGUGGUACCUGGAAGGCGUCGUCUCGUUUGGCAACCGCUGCGGGCUGGAAGGGUGGCCCGGGGUCUACACGCGCGUCUCGGACUACGUCGAGUGGAUCGAGAAUACGAUUCGUGCGUGAGAAGGCAACUGCGAGGCGAAGUGCAGCUAUUGUAAAAUUAAGUUUUAAUUAAAUAGUAAAAGACGAA